AUGACAGUCGGAGGACCCAAGGGGUACGAGCGGUCGGAAGUCGAGAGUGUCUCAUACAGCGAGUUCAGUCUCGUGAAGCACCUUCAUUGCAAGCCAUGGCGCUUGCCUCGGCAGAGAGUCUUUCGCGUGUCAAGCCAACAGUGCAACGGCACGACAGAUGGCCAGCAUGUUCAUCAGAUUGGUGCCGCAGAGGGUCAAGUUCUCCCACUCCUCCUCCGCAUGAACGAGACACUGCACGUUAUCUCGCAAGAGGUCGACGCGAGGACCAGGGGAGGGCUCCUAGAUACAGGAUCUUGUUCGCGGGAAGAAGCUUUGUUCCUCGCAUGGCGCCAGCACUCUCUCCAGUGCUUUCACCGAGCAAGGAAUAUCCUGUUUGCUCGAUUGAAGUAUGCGAUACAGGCUGAGGUUGAAGCUCAAGAUGCGGUUGCGAUACGAUGGGUGCUCAAGAGAAGCUUGCAAAGGGUUUUCUUUCCUCAAUCCACCGAGAACUGCGAGUCACUUGUAGUGCAUAGCGCCAGGAUCCACCGACUUGCAGUGUGCGCGAGGGCGUUGAUGGUCGGGAUGGAGGAGAUGGUCGUGUGGCUCUCGAGCGUGCGGGAGGAGAAGGCGAGGGGCGUCGCCUCCCUCUUGCCGCCCAUGCUCGAGAAGUGGCAUAAAGAGGGGAGGCGAGAACUGCCGGCAGAUGUCGGGUUAAGAGACCUGGUGCAAACGUUCUACGAUCAUGUUGAGCUCCUGCAUCAAGCUCUCACAGCCCUGAGAUUGGAUAGAGCGAAGGGAGGGCGAGAGGUAUCGCUAGCCGUAGAGCAGGCGUGCACAGGCAAAGCCAUGGAAGCAGAGGAGGCGUGCGCAGAUGAGGAUGCGACGGACACGGUCGAGACUGAGUCCUACGAGUCAUCGACACAGUCCUCCGGUCUCGCAAAGCACAUCGUUGACAUGGAGGAUUACAACAAGGACUGGGGCUUGUGUAUGCGAGAGAUGCUGGAGGACGCUUCUGAUUCCAACUCCGACGUUAAUGCCAACGGCAGCUGCGAUGAGAUGCGACAAGCUCCUACAUUAAACACCUUCAUCGUAAAGAAGCUGUUCGCUGACCACGUGGAGGAAUGCCAUGGUGACGUCAUCGACAACCUGGAGAAGGAUUCUCAACUAGUGAGUGAAGAAGACUUGGAGACUCGCAGACGGACAGACGCGCACCUUACGACAGACGACUGGUGGAUGAAGAUGAAGAUCGCUCAUUCGAGGGAGCGACUCGUGUACACGAGGGACAUGGUGGAGGAGGAGCGAACAAGGGCGAACAAGGGCAAGCCAGUACAGAUACUCGCGGUUAACGAGGACUACACGUUUCUCCCUCGUCCCUUAGUGCAUUUGCUCGAGAGCAUGCAUCAUUCCUUGGCGUUGCUGCUGAGGCAGGAGAGGAGGAGGAGCGAGAGAUGGCGAGCCAUGGACGUUCCUCUUCCUCCCCCCGACUAUCAGGGCACCUACUGGCUCGACACUCCUCCAGAGGAGAGCCCAUGA